AUUCGACUAGGAUGUUUUGCUUUUAGGUUCUACAAUUGGAGUCUCUUCUUCGGAAGCUCCGUUAUGACUCAGAAGUUUCUUUGCUUGUUUGUGGUUACUCGUUGUGUUUUGUGUUAGAUGCUGUGGAAAUGGUGGUUUAGAAAGGUAUUGAGUUUGGAUUCUAUGUGCAUGGGACUUCUGUUAUUUUCAGAACGGCUAAUUUUCUUUUGGUAAAGGUGUUUGUGAAGGAAGUUUGUAGUUGUAUGUUGCUGCCAAACGAACUAACGUACUCUUCUGAAGAUCGUGAUCGUGGCUUGGAGUCUGUCAUAGUUUGCUUUAUUGUGCUUCCAGUGUGCUUUCUUAGGUUGGUGAUCAUGCUGGAGACUGGUUGCGCGUGUGUAUUGACAAGUGUAGGUUGUAGAGUAUGUCGAUAAUGAGAAUGAAGUAGCGGAGCUAGUGAUACUAUGGAUAACCAAACGUUCAUCUGGAAAUAUGGAUUGUGGUGCUGGUUCAAGUUUGUAUCCAUUGAGUCGGUGCAAAACCAUUCACCUGGUCAGGCAUGCUCAGGGGAUCCACAAUGUAGAGGGAGAUAAGAACUACAGAGCAUACUUGAAUCCUGAUUUUUUUGAUGCGCAUCUCACUCCAUUAGGCUGGGAGCAGGUUGGCAAUUUGCGUAAGCAUGUUCAUGCUUCUGGGCUCAUAAAGAGAAUUGAUCUAGUAAUUGCAUCUCCUUUACUGAGGACACUACAAACUGCCGUUGGAGUAUUUGGUGGUGAGGACUACGUGGAUAAGAUGGAUGUACUGCCACUUAUGGUGGCAAAUGCAGGAAACAGUAACCGUCCAGCAAUUUCGAGUCUGAAUAGCCCACCAAUAGUUGCUGUUGAACUUUGUCGUGAACAUUUGGGAGUGCAUCCCUGUGACAAAAGAAGAAGCAUCAGCGAAUAUGAGUUCGUUUUUCCUGCAGUUGACUUCUCACUGAUAGAUAGUAAUGAGGAUACUUUGUGGAAGGCCGAUGUUAGGGAGACAAAGGAAGAACUUGCAAAAAGGGGUUUGGAAUUCAUGAACUGGUUGUUGACUCGUAAAGAGAAGGAGAUAGCUAUAGUGACGCAUAGUGGAUUCUUGUUUCAUACUCUAAAUACAUAUUUUGGAAAUGAUUGCCAUCCCGUUGUGAAGAAGGAAAUAUGCAAGCAUUUCGCCAAUUGUGAGCUUCGGUCCAUGGUCAUUGUUGAUAGAAGCAUGACGGGUUCGCAUGCUUCAACCAACACUAACUAUCCAGGCAACGUACCUUGUGGGCAGGAUCUCCCCAGUGAUGUUGCUGAUGAGAACAAAGAGGAAUAGAGGUCUAGUUUUUCGACUUCUAUUAGAAUUUUAGGAUCUGUUUGGAUAACUCUUAAAAAUACAUCCAAACCACAUUUGAGAUGUGUUUUUAUCAAAUUCAACAAAUGGUUAGAUCCUCCAAAUGAACUUUUGCAUAAAUUGAAAAUCAAACACACACUUACUUUGUAGGCCAUUGAGACGUUGAGUUUCUGAAAAUAGCUCAGGUGCUCCAUUAUUACGCAAAGAUAUUUUCGUCCUGAAUCGAGAUAUCGGGGUCUUUUUCCCCCUCCCUAAAAUUAUACUUCUAAAGAAUGGUUACUUUUGUGCUGAAACUAUUACAGGUCUGUUCGGUAGCUCAAAAAACAAUCCUUGCAUAUGUAUACCUAUUUACUCAGUUUUAUUUGA